AUGCCUGCCGCGAUGGAAGACGCGAACGGCAGCGUCGCAGCUCGUGACGUUAAAGACGAACACGAAGACUCCGACGAUGGAAGAGUGGGAGAGGGAAAGUCAACGUAUAAGUCAUGGAAGAAGAAGUACCGGAAGAUGCGCAUUACCUUUGACCAGAAGAUGCACGACUGUGAGGACCUGCAUCGUCAAGAGUCGAAAGCUCUUGCUACUGCCAAGCGCAUUGCCAUCGAAAACGAUCGCAUCCUCGAUCUGCUCUUGGAUAUGAACACAUCGGGCCAGAUUCCCCUCGAUAAACGCAUCGACAUCUCCCAGGAGCCUGCCACAGAUGCUACAUUCUCCCCACUCGACGUUGACAAGCUCACGAUACCCUCUGAUGAUAUCGAUCAACCGACAAAGUCCUUAAAGACCCUUCUCAAAGAUGUCCCGCACUCCACCUACACCCAGGCAAAGGAGCACUCCCCGUCCGUAGUCGCUGACAUGGAGCCCUUCGCCGGUGAGCCGCACCCUCCGCCCUUCCUCACCGCGGAUGACAUUGAUGAUUAUCUUCACGACGUCGACAAGCGCAUCGACGCGGAUCACAUCCUCCCAACGCUGGCGCCGUCGGCCCGCUCCAACGUCUCUUUGCCAGAGACCAACCCACAUGCUCUGUCUCAAAGCAUUGCCAUGAAAAACCCGACGAGUGUUUACAAUUGGCUUCGCAAGCACGCCCCAAAGACUUUCCUUCAGGAUGCCGAGAACACUGGUACUGCUGGAGGUGCCGACGAAGAGAAUCAGACCGUCGAGACUCCUCAGACGGACGGCCGCAGACGACGCGGCGGCGCCAGAGGCGAGGGCAGUCGGGGUGGUCGCGGAUCUCGCGGUGGCAAGCGCGCCUCUCUUGCCGCCUCUCGCGCUGAGAAGGCUGCUGAGAGGGCUGCAGAGAAGGCUGCCAUCGCCGCCGAGCGAGCCGCUGCUAUGCGAGAGGCUGCUGAUAACUGGGGUGCUAUGGACGAGGACGACGACGAUGCUGCCGUCAGCACCCCGGUUACAGGUCGUGGAAAGCGGAAGCGUGCGGCCAUUAAAGAUGACGAUGAUGGGGGCUACAGGCCGAGGGGCUCUACUGGCCGACCUACCAAGAAGAAGCGUAAGAGCGAGGGUGCCGAUGUUGGCACUCCAACAGUCUCUAAGAGGGGACGCAAGAGCGAGGCUGCACGCGAAAGGGACGACUAA